ACGGUGCUGCUGUCGAUCUGCUGUGUUUCCUUUACACUGUGCGUCGAGCGCGGUGCAGUGUGUUACGAUUUAACAUCGGAUUUAAGACAUAAAUAUGUUCUCGUCCCUAUUGGAGGCGGCGCGCAACUCGCCGUUCCGCGGCCCACUCGCCAACGCGCACUGCGAGCCAGCUCUGCCCGCGUCCAACACACAGGCGAUGGCCGCAUCAGCAGUUGUGCAGGAGGACUCGUGCGAAUUCGCAUCGCCAAAAUAUUUCGCGCUCUGCGGAUUAGGCGGCGUGCUAUCCUGCGGUAUCACACAUACGGCCGUCGUGCCUCUCGACCUGGUCAAGUGCCGGCUGCAAGUCGACGCGGAGAAGUACAAGAAUGUGGUGAACGGCUUCAAGGUGUCCGUUCGGGAGGAGGGCAUGCGAGGGCUGGCUAAGGGAUGGGCGCCUACCUUCAUCGGGUACUCCAUGCAAGGUCUGUGCAAGUUCGGCUUCUACGAGGUGUUCAAGGUGGGCUACUCCGGCAUGUUAGAUGAGGAGACUGCGUACGUCUACCGUACCUUCGUGUACCUCGCCGCCUCCGCCUCCGCCGAGUUCAUCGCCGACAUCGCGCUCUCGCCGCUAGAGGCCGCUAAGGUCCGAAUCCAAACCAUGCCCGGUUUCGCGUCUACACUGCGUGAGGCUUGGCCCAAGAUGGUGCAGAACGAAGGCUACGGCACUUUCUACAAGGGCCUGGUGCCUCUGUGGGGCAGACAGAUCCCGUACACCAUGAUGAAGUUCGCCUGCUUCGAGAAGACCCUGGAGUUACUGUACCACUACGUGGUGCCGAAGCCCCGUGACCAGUGCACAAAGGGCGAGCAACUGGUAGUAACAUUCGCUGCGGGUUACAUCGCCGGUGUGUUCUGCGCCAUCGUCUCCCAUCCCGCUGACACCGUCGUCUCCAAGCUGAACCAGGAUAAGACCGCGACGGCUGGCUCCAUCAUCAGCAAGCUUGGCUGGGCUGGCGUGUGGAAGGGUCUUGGGCCCAGGAUCGUGAUGAUCGGUACCCUCACCGCACUGCAAUGGUUCAUCUAUGACGCCGUUAAGGUGUACCUGAGAAUGCCCCGACCACCACCCGCCGAGAUGCCAGAGUCCAUGCGAAAGAGGCUCGAGGCUGAAGCAGCUAAGUCUUAAGUGAACUGGUACUAUUGCGUAGACUUACAUCGCGUGGCGUUGUAUGAUAGUCGCUUUUACGACUUCACUGUACACCCCAUGUGUAUAAACUUGGCCAGAAAUUCAUUAUAAUAAGUAUAUAAAUCGCGUGAUAAUAACUAGCGAUUUUGCUACAAUCCAGUGUCUUUAAACUGUUUAAUAAAAUACAGUGAAGUCGUGAAAACAAUGGUGGACAUACGCCUAAUAUUAACCGCACAUUGGCUUGUAUCUCGUGAGCGAUAGUUGCUGCAGUCAGUCGAUUUUGUAUAACCCUGGCGUUUAUAAAGACGCGCAUGAGACAGAUGUAGUCGCUUCAUCUUCUGAUUUUUCAAAUGUAAGUUGCUUGAGCGACUGGAUUGCCGUUUGAAGUAUCUGAGGUGACGAUCACGCGACUCAUGUUAAAUUUUUAAUAUAAAUCCCGUGAGCGAUUUAUUUAGUCGCCUCGCAGAAUUUUCUUUUUCUAUUGUUAGUUGCUAAAGCGACUAGCUAGUCGCCUGAACAACUAAAUUAGUCGCACAAGCGACUAUCGACACGCGAUAGCAGCCAAUGUGCGGAUGUCAAGUAUUCCCCUAUGUAAUAUAUAUGUAUCGUAGACAAGUGAUAUUCCGUUAUGAUAGUAUGUAAAUCAUGUCUUUAUUUAUUUGAUUGUCCCAAUAAAUUUUUAUUUUCUAUUUAUUUUUAUUUUUUUUUGUCGAUUGAUUGUUGAUCGUUCGUUGAUUGCACCAAAGAUUGUGUGAGCAAUCUGUCUGAUAAUAAAUGAUACAAUAGAUACAAAG